AUGAUAUCAAUCAGGUUAGUCAUGGGCUUCUUAAAGACGAAUGUUUAUAGAUUUUCUCACAUGUUUUUCAAGAUUACAAGACUAUGUUGGGCUCGCACUGUUGAGAGGCAAACUUCUCGACUGCGCAAAAAAUAUCUAAGGGCAGUGUUAAGGCAAUUUGCUAGCUUCUUUGAUAAACUAGAUGGCACUUCAACUACAUAUCAAAUCACGGAAAGUUUUUUAGCUGAUUCUCUCACCAUUCAAGGUGUUUUUAGUGAGCAGCUUCCAAACUUCCUUAUGAAUGUAUCAACUUUCCUUUCUUCUGAGGUGGUAGCUUUGUACCUCUGUUGGAGACUUGUUGUUGUUGCCAUUCCAGCACUAUCUCCAUUGAUAAUCCCAAGAAUCAUUAAUGGGAAAAUGCUAGCAGAGAUAAGGAAAAAAAUUAUAGUAUCUUACAGAGCUAUAGGCUCGAUAACAGAACAAGCAUUUUCAUCAAUCAGGACUGUAUACUCUUGCGGUGGUGAGACCGAAAUGAAAAGAAGCUAUUUGGAAGCAUUAGAACAAAGUUUGGAUCUUGGGAUUAAACAAAGGCACAUAAAGGGUUAUGUUAUUAGAAGCAUUGGCAUAGCUUUUGCUGUCUGGUCUUUCCAAGCCAAGUAUGACAACAUUUUAGUCAUUGAGAAAGGAGCAAUUGGUGGGGAUGUUUUUACAGCAGGAGUUUGCAUCGUCGUUAGAGGAUUGUAA